GGAACUGGAAAAUGCUUGUGACCUGAGGGGCUCCCGCGUUGCCUUUAGCUGGAAAUGAGCAGAGCUAUUCCUGCAGAAAACCCUGCCAAGACGAUUUCACUUACAAGCAGAAGAGGGUAUAUGAAGAUUCACAGCCUGCAAAUGAGAAGAGCAUCCGGCACAGGAACUGGGAGGCUGCGAGCCACGCUCCUGCUCUGCCCGGUGCAGGAACCCCCGCGGCCACCUCUCGUCACACCUCGUCCCCCUGCGGUCCUCCUGCGGCCACUGCCAGCGCAGCGUGGAGAUGGGGGGCCGGAGAGGUCUCGGUGGCCGUGGACCGGGGCUGGCCCCUCCGGGGGUGCCCUUCUGCACCUCCCCGGGGGCUUGGCCAAGCCCUGCUCGUUGCGGUGGGCUCCUGCAACAGGGCACCGCCGCGGGACAGCGCUUUGCUGGGAGGACGGGGGCUCUUGGCUCUCGUGGCGUCUGCUACCUGGGCAUUGCUGCCAUCACAUGGGGCAUGGUGACACAGGUGGAGGCCUGGACGUACAGCUACAGCGACCAAGGGAUCUACUCAUGGGAGCAGGCCAGGAACUACUGCCGGACCUUCUUCACUGACCUGGUGGCCAUCCAGAACAAGGAGGAGAUCGGGUACCUGAACGCCACCCUGCCCUUCCACAAGCAGUACUACUGGAUCGGCAUCCGCAAGCAGAACAGCGUCUGGACCUGGGUGGGCACCAACAAGGCGCUGACAAAGGAGGCGGAGAACUGGGCGAAGGGGGAGCCCAACAACCGCCGCUCCAACCAGGACUGCGUGGAGAUCUACAUCAAGCGGCAGCAGGAGGCGGGCAAGUGGAACGACGAGCCCUGCAACAAGAGGAAGACGGCGCUGUGCUACAAAGCCUCCUGCCAGGCCUCCACCUGCCGCCCGCACGGCGAGUGCGUGGAGGUCAUCAAGAGUUACAGGUGCGAGUGCCACCCCGGCUUCGAAGGGGACGAAUGCGGUACCGCUGUGCAGUGCCCCACGCUCAACCCCAAAGGAGCACGCAUGACCUGCAGCCAUCCCUUCGGAGACUUCCGCUACAACUCCACCUGCGACUUCGUGUGCCCAGAGGGGUUUGAGCGGCGAGGUGCGGGCACGCUGCAGUGCCUGGCUUCACGGCAGUGGUCAGCGGAGACCCCCACGUGUGCAGCCGUCACCUGCCCCGAGCUGGCGGCUCCCAGAAGCGGCCAGGUCAAUUGCUCCCACCCACAUGGAGCCUCCGCCUUCAGCUCCACGUGUGACUUCUCCUGCCAGGAGGGCUUCGAGGUGACGGGACCGGAGAGACUGUGGUGCACGGCUGGGGGGGCCUGGUCGGGGGCACCCCCACACUGCAAAGCCAUCACCUGCCCGGUGCUCAGGGCUCCAGAGCAUGGAGAGAUGAACUGCUCCCAUCUUCAUGAGAACUUCAGCUUCAGUUCCACGUGUGCCUUCUCCUGCCAGCCAGGGUUUGAGCUCAUAGGGCCAGAAAGCCGUGAGUGCACAGCCAUGGGGACCUGGUCCGAGGAACCUCCACAAUGCAAAGCCAUCACCUGCCCGGUGCUCAGGGCUCCAGAGCACGGAGAGAUGAACUGCUCCCACCUUCACAAGAACUUCAGCUUCAGUUCCACGUGUGCCUUCUCCUGCCAGCAGGGGUUUGAGCUUAUAGGGCCAGAAAGCAGUGAAUGCACAGCCAUGGGGACCUGGUCUGGGGACACCCCACAGUGUAAAGCCAUCACCUGCCCAGUGCUCAGGGCUCCAGAGCACGGAGAGAUGAACUGCUCCCACCUUCAUGAGAACUUCAGCUUCAGUUGCACGUGUGCCUUCUCCUGCCAGCCAGGGUUUGAGCUUAUAGGGCCAGAGAGCCGUGAAUGCACAGCCAUGGGGACCUGGUCUGGGGACACCCCACAAUGCAAAGCCAUCACCUGCCCAGUGCUCAGGGCUCCAGAGCAUGGAGAGAUGAACUGCUCCCACCUUCAUGAGAACUUCAGCUUCAGUUCCACGUGUGCCUUCUCCUGCCAGCAAGGGUUUGAGCUCAUAGGGCCAGAAAGCCGUGAGUGCACAGCCAUGGGGACCUGGUCUGGGGACACCCCACAAUGCAAAGCCAUCACCUGCCCGGUGCUCAGGGCUCCAGAGCACGGAGAGAUGAACUGCUCCCACCUUCAUGAGAGCUUCAGCUUCAGUUCCACGUGUGCCUUCUCCUGCCAGCCAGGGUUUGAGCUCACAGGGCCAGAAAGCAGUGAAUGCACAGCCAUGGGGACCUGGUCUGGGGACACCCCACAGUGUAAAGCCAUCACCUGCCCGGUGCUCAGGGCUCCAGAGCACGGAGAGAUGAACUGCUCCCACCUUCAUGAGAACUUCAGCUUCAGUUCCACGUGUGCCUUCUCCUGCCAGCAGGGGUUUGAGCUCACAGGGCCAGAAACCAGUGAAUGCACAGCCAUGGGGACCUGGUCUGGGGACACCCCACAGUGCAAAGCCAUCACCUGCCCGGUGCUCAGGGCUCCAGAGCACGGAGAGAUGAACUGCUCCCACCUUCAUGGGAGCUUCACCUUCACCUCCACGUGUGCCUUCUCCUGCCAGCCAGGGUUUGAGCUUAUAGGGCCAGAGAGCCGUGAGUGCACAGCCAUGGGGACCUGGUCCGGAGACACCCCACAGUGUAAAGCCAUCACCUGCCCAAUGCUCAGGGCUCCAGAGCAUGGAAAGAUGAACUGCUCCCAUCUCUAUGGGAGCUUCACCUUCACCUCCACGUGUGCCUUCUCCUGCCAGCCAGGGUUUGAGCUGAAAGGGUCGCAGAGCCGUGUGUGCAUGGCCAUGAGAACCUGGACUGGGGACACCCCACGAUGCAGAGCCAUCAGCUGCCCAGUGCUGGAGCCCCCGAGCCGAGGCCGCCUGAACUGCUCUCACCCUCACGGCAACUUCACGUACAACUCCACCUGCACCUUUUCCUGCGAGGAUGGAUUUGUCCAGAUGGGAGCACGGCUGCUCAGGUGUCAGGCCACGGGGAACUGGACCAGCCAUUCCCCUGUCUGCAAAGAGGAUGCUGCACCCUUCUUAAAGCAAGUCCUGGUUUACACCAGCAGCAGUGCUCUGGUGGUAGCUGGUGUUGUGCUCUCCGGGACGCUCCUUGCCUUACUCGCCAAACGGCUCAGCGACAGAGAGGAGAAGAAGAAGCUCCUGAACCCCACCAGCGACCUCGGAUCACCAGGUGUCUUCACCAACGUAGCCUACGACUCCAACUUGUGAGGUGCGUGCUGGCACGCUGCCACCUCACAGCAUGCUGGGAGACAUUCCUUGCUCGGAAGAAGCGGUGUUUGGAAAACUCAUGAGCUUGCAGGCUCCUCUGCCUGGAAGCGUGUGUGGAGAGGAGAGCCCCCAGGUGCAGGCCGAGCAGGCAGCAAGCCUCCCAAACCCUCUCCCCUCUCCUUGCAGGCGGGGGCUCCCCUGCCCCGAGCCCCCUCACACCCCACGCCGAAGCCCCAUGUGUGUGGAUGAGACCCCGGAGCUCAGCCAUGGACCCUCAGCUUGUGUGGGAAGGGGGGAGCCCCCGGCUGGGUUUUGGGGGGCAAUAAAUAAACGUGUGUGUGUGUGCGA